AUGGCGACUCCAACAGCCGUCUCUGAAGAUAGAAAGUCCGAUGACCUAGAAAUCGUCUCCAUCGGAGCUCUCUAUAGCGGCUCCUGGGACAAGAAGUACUGGAGUUCUUCUAGGGGAAAAGAUCGUUUCCCUUAUCCUGUGGGCUACAGAGCUUUCCGAGUUCACAAUGGGAACACAUGCUAUAUCGAGAUUGAAGAAGGUGCCAAAGGACCUUUAUUUCUGAUUAGAUAUUUGGCUGAAUCAUGGACUGGGCAGACUCCAGAGAUUGCAUGGGGAAAGUUCCAGAAGAUGGGCUUCUCCAACUUAAAAAUAUGGCACGGAAAACGAUUUACAUGUAAGAUGAACGGCAUGGAGUUUUUUGGCUUUAAAAAUCCGUUGGUUCAGAGGAUGCUCCGGGAACUUGUGACCAAUCCCCAUGGAAUGAUAAAAUCUAGCUCCAGCAGUAGGGCCUCUCAAACCCGGGUUGAUGAUGAAUGUCCAGUCACGUGUGCAUAUCCAAAUUUAUUAUGUUAUCUGGACAGGCAAGUGGCCAGAAAGAAAAGAAGCAGAAAAUCUGAAAUAGUUGACCAGAAUUCAGUAGUUAAAGAUGGCCAUAAAAAGCCAAGAUUGCAAGACUCAUUUUCUGGUGGCGAGAAUUUAAAUUUAGCAUCAGUGUCAAUCUGUUCAGCAAAAGGAGAAGUGGAGAUAAUUGGCCUACAAGGAGCACCACCAGAGCAGUUGCAUUCUAGUCAGGCUGCUAACGAAAAUUCAUAUCUACCAUCAGAAAGUCUACCACAAGUGAAAGUAGUCUUCCCUAUCCAAGAAACAGACCUGCUUCCUGACAGCUGUAAAUCAGAGCCAUUAUCCAGAAUUUUUGGAGAGCUUCAUGGGUUGCAAGAAAAGGAAAAGAAACCCGACAAUGAUAUUUUUCUGCAGGAGAGCCAAAAGAGAGCUGGUUCCAAUCUUUGUGUACCAGAUACCUUGGAUUCCCUGCAAGAUAACACCAUAAGUUCUGCUCCAAAAGUGGAAGAUAAUACAAGUUGCGAGCAAAAAGAAGAAUUGACCCUUGCUAACAUGGUAGUUCAUGAAGAGCUUUUACCUGAACCAAAUGCAGAAGAUUUAGCUGAAUCUGGUUUACUGGCUUUUAAAAAUAUUGACUCUGAUUCAGCUGAGCAAAAUACUGCCAGUUCAAUGAUCUCACUUCUAAUUCCUCAAGUAAUUCCACUACUCAAGAAAGCAUCAAGCAAGAAGGCCAAAAAGAAUGAUUUGUCAGGAACAGUAUCAUGCAAAUCAAAUCGCUUAAACAACUGCCAAACGAGCCAACUUGAUGAUGCUUCAAGAGCUGCUGUGUCACUACCUACAAGAACUUGUAGUGGAGAUGAUGAGAACAUGCAACUCGUUGCUCCAGAUUCUGUUCAGGAUUUUACAAAUAAUGUGUCCAUUGCUCCUGACAGUUUUGAUGAGUCUCACAUGGAUGUUUCUGAGAGCAGUCAUACCAUCUCUUCUUCUAAGGAAACCUUUCCAGCAGAACGUCCCAAAAUGCCCAUCAUCGAGAACCAGGUUACAAUAGUAAAUGCAAAUAUAUCGAUUUCUGCUUUGGAGACUACUGAGAACAUAAGCCCGUCUUCACAUGAUGUUAGUACUAUUUUGGAAAAAAAUAAUCAAGAUGAAUGUUUGAAGAAGUCCAUGUCAUUGCCACACUCCACCAGUUCAACUAGCAUGAUUUUGUUCAAAGAAUCUGAGGAACUCUGUGCAGCAGAAAGAAGCUUGUUACAAAAAGAACACCUCUCUCAAAACCAGGAACCAAAGAGCACAUGUUGUUCUGGUGAAGGUAACGGUUUUGUGGUUGGCACUACCCCUACUGAAGUUGGCUCUAUCGGACAAGAAAAACAUAAGGUUUAUAGCAGAAAAAGAGUCUCAUCCAAUCAACAGAGAAGAAACAGAAAUUCAUCCUCUGUAAGUACAAACAGUUGCAGGAACAGUGGAGAUGGUGAUUCUCUGAGCAAAAUGUCUCCUAUUAAAACUCCACGUAUCUUGGAGCUUCAGUUGCCUUUGUCUACCAACUCUGUAUCAGAUAGAGCAAAUCCAGUGGGAGAGGGAAGCGGUCAUGUAAUAGAACAAUACCAGGGUCCUGAGUUAACGAAGGUGAAUAACAACAAAUUCACCGAUGUAUUAAUCAACGAGGCGUCUCUUGUACCACAAGAUAUGAGGCCAUUUCAAGGAUUUGGAAAUGCAAGUAUAUCACCAUCCUCAUUUCCAGCUUCAAAAGUUGAGAAUUUACAAGUCCAUGUUGGUGAGGCAUUGGGGGUCCAAGUCUCUGAACCACCUGCUACAAAGUCUCAGUAUAAAGAAAAUACCAGCGAGAAAAGCAUCUCCAGUGUGCCGGAAUGUCCAUCUGGUUUGAAUAUAAAGCUUAACAGAGAUAUAAAGAUCAACAAUGAGAUGGAGAAAAUUUUUGAGCUGCUUGGCUGUUACUUUCAUCCCAUGCCCGUUUCAUCAGUGUCACUUCAGUCUUUUGGUAAUGAAAUCUAUAUUUGUGCGCUGAGCUUUGCCACAGAAGAUAGAGUUAGAACCCUGUUCAUGUACAAGAUAUCAGCUAAAGGACCAACCAAAGGAAUCCCUUUUGUUGUUGGUCACACACCUGCCAUACUUCCCAUUGUGGAUAACAAAUAUGGUGGAAAUAGAACACUCGAAAGAUCUUAUUUGCAUUUCACUCCAGAUGGGGAGCAUCUUAUUUUCACUGGCAACAUCAAAACACCUUAUUGCAGGAAGAAGGAAAUUGAUUGCUCGUGUUUGACUUGUACAUCAGCCUGCUUUGAAGAGAAUGAAGUGAGGAUUGUCCAGGUGAAAACUGGUCAUGUCUCUCUUGUGACAAAACUUCAAGCUGUUGACAGUGUGCAGUGCGUGGUGGUGUGCGAACCUAACUAUCUCAUCGCAGUUGUUAAAAGUGGAAACCUUAUUGUCUGGGCCAUGGACUCACAAUGGAGGGGUCCUACCGAAGAAUUCACUAUACUCGCAAAUCCUUGCAUAUCAUCAUGCAUCAUCGAACUGAAGAAGAUCCCAAAAUUUCCUCAUCUAGUUAUCGGGCAUGAUGGUAUUGGAGAAUUUACAAUAUGGGAUAUUUCAAAGCGAAGCCUAGUAUCGAGAUUUGUAUCUCCCAGCAAUAUGAUAUUUGAGUUCAUCCCAACCAGCUUGUUUGCGUGGCACCCUGUACAUAGUCAUUCUACAAUAGAGGAACGCAUUGACAUGAUUUUAGCUGCAACAAAAUUAUGGUUCUCAAAAAGGAUCAACAACAAAACAUUGAUUCCAGCUGACGUCAAAGACACUGCCAUCUGGCUUCUAGUCUCUACCGAUCUUGACUCGGACGCUAAUUGUGACAGUGUAGAAAGACCAGCUAGAUGUUGGAGAUUGGCUCUGCUUGUGAGAAACCAAGUCAUAUUGGGAAGUCAACUGGAUCCGAGGGCUAAUGUAGCCAGCACAGUAUCUGGUCAUGGAGUAGCAGGCACACUUGAUGGACUUGUGUAUCUGUGGGACUUGCCGACUGGUGCUAAACUCGGCUCUCUCCAUGAUUUCAAAGGUGAAGGAGUUUCAUGCAUAAGUACAGAUGAAUCCAGAAAUAUAUGUAUAGCAAGUGAAGAUGGUCAGCUUCUGGUUUAUUGCCAUCCAGAAAAAUAA